UGACUUUGAAUUCAACAAAAUGAAUGAAUUAUUAAUAACAAUGAAUUAUAUUCGAGAGCCCAUGGGGUGCACCGUUACCUGGGAGUUGUCAGAUGUGACCCAGUACAAGUCUGUCAUGGUCAUGAGAUUCGCUCAGUCUAUACAAGACUUUAUAAAAAUGGUCAAAAAACUGGACUCAUUUAAGACCCUUUGCGGUGACGACCGGUUAUCCCUUAUAAAGUACGGGUGCGUUGAGAACCUAUGUAUGCGUUCACUUCAAUACUAUGAUCUGACGCAUGAAUAUUGGACUCUAUACGCGGGGAACGACAGCUCUAUUCUACUAAAAACGGAGUUCUUUGCCACUUGUGAGCCAUCCUUAUUGAAUCCCUACAAGAAUUAUUUUAGUAAAAUUGGUCCCGAAUGGGAUUCAGACCAUAACAUAAUUGAUCUGCUAUCAUACUGUUUGAUCCAAAUCGGCCGGCCCUUAUCCAUAGGGAUGUCGUUAAACUGGAGCAGCGAUUUUACAUGUACUUACUUCACCGAUACCUACACCUAAAAUAUCACUCCAAUAGUAAUGAAGCAAAAUAUAAAUUUCUUAAAAUCAUGAGUUGUGUCAAUGAUAUUAAUAUAAUAGGAGAGUUGAUUAAAAACAAUUGGUCUGAAAAGGAC